AUGUCCUCCGUCCCCCGCAGUGCCAUGCGCCGCCUGCUCAAGGAGCUCGAGACGUGGAACAAGACCGAAUCGGUCGACGAACAGGGCAUCGAGCGGCUCGGCCCCGUCGUCGACGAGGAGCUGCUCACCUGGGAGGCCGUCAUCAAUGGCCGGGGAGUUGGGUGCGGGUAUGAGAACGGCCGCUGGCUCCUGCAGAUCACCAUCCCGACCGCCUACCCGAUCCAGCCCCCGCAAAUCCGCUUCGCGACGCCCAUCGUGCACGCCAACGUGGCCCUGCAGACGGGCGAGAUCUGCCUGGACCUGCUCAAGGACGCGUGGACGCCCGCGUACAGCGUGCUCGAGUGUGUGCGCGCCGUGCGCAUGCUGCUGAGCGCGCCGGGCGUCGACUCGCCGCUCAAUAUUGAUGUGGCGGCGCUGCUGCGGGAUGGGGAUGUGUUGGGGGCGAGAAGGUUGGUGGAGUUGUGGGUGGAGGAGGAGAGGUAUGAGGGGAAGUGA